AUGUCCUCCUCCGCCGAGGACGCAAAGACGCUCGGCAACAGGGCCUUCGCCAAGGGCAAGUACGCUGCGGCCGUCGAGGCGUACACCGAGGCCAUCAGCCUGAGUCCUCGGCCAGUCUACUACACGAAUCGCGCCAACGCCCACAUGAAGCGCGGCGCGUGGCGCGCGGCGGCGGACGACUGCGCGUCAGCAUUGGCGCUGGGCAGCGUGGCGACGCGCGAGCGGAUCAAGGCGCACUACUUCCUCGGCCGAGCGCACGUCGAGCUCGGGGAGUGGCAGUCGGGGAUCGAGGCGCUGGCGACCGCUCACGCGCUGUGCAAAGAGGAGACCGUCCCCUUCAAGGACGACAUCCGCUCCGCUCUGCUCGGCGCUCGGAAGCGCGCCUGGGAGGCUGCGGCGCCCGCCGGCGGGCGCGCCAUCAAGGCGCUCCGCCGCGAGCUGCCGUCGCUGGGGCAGUCCCUCGGCAGCGAGGAGGAGCGGGCGGCGAGCCUGCCCGACUACCUCACCUGCCAGAUCUGCAUGGACUUGCUGCUCGACCCCGUCAUCACGCCGUGCGGCAUCACCUACGACCGCGCCUGCCUGCAGCGCCACCUCGAGGCGCGCGGGUCCUCUGGCUGCGACCCCGUCUCGGGCAAGCCCCUCUCGAUGAGCUCCGUCGUCCCGAAUCUCGCGCUGAGAGAGGUGCUCGACCGUUUUCUCGAGGAGCGGCCAUGGGCGUAUCAGUGCAUGGAGUGCUGACACGCCCCUAGGUCUAUGACACUGCUAUGAGCUAUGACAGAGCAGACACGACUCACGAGCGCAGCCGCAGGCGCCAGGCGGCAGGCGGAGGGCCCGCCGGAGGCGCGUCGUUCUCGGGUUCUCGAUUAUUUUGGGUAGAAUCGGCUAAUAUC